AAGAACUGGUGUGACAUGCAACAGGAUUUCAUGAGAUCAGUGUGGAUCACAGAGCUGGACUACAGUAGGUCUGGAAACAGAUGGAAAUGAAACGUGUACGACACCAGAUUAAAAUAUGAACUGAGUCCAUUUCAGUGGGACAUGCAAUAGACGGAUCCAGAUCGGCUUUAAAUGAACCGCACAGACUCAACAGUUUGACCAUCAUGUGACCAAAACAGCCCAAACUGUGGUAUUUGACAGACACACUGUCCUGGUUUUGGGUUCCUUUGAACAGCUGAGUUAUUUCACAGAUAUGACGACUCCUGUUAGAGGAUCAAACACACUGACCUUUGACCUCUGAUGUCACCCUCAGGCGUCAAAUCUAAACCAAUCAGCUGUUGCGUCCAAAUAAACCACAUGUUCAGGUUUGAGUCUAGACCCUGAAACCGACAGAACAUGAGUGUCAUUAAAGGUUCUAGGCAGGUUUCCAGUGAAGAACAUGAGCAGUGAACAGUUCAGAAUCACAACCUGAUGUUUAUGUUUUAGAGGUGACUGAACGUCUCCUCAGGUCAUGUGACCUCUGGUCUGGACUGGUUUAGUCCUUCAGGUUUGAAUGGAAAUCUGAGAAACCAUCAUCCCAUGGUGCUGGUCAGACUGUAAACCAGUAGACUAAACCAGUUCCCCUUCAGAUCAGCUGUGCCUGUUCUUCCCUUCAGGUCCCAUCAUCAGCUCCAGGAGGCCAUCUAGUGGUCUGACAGUAGAACUACAGCACAACCAACACACACACACACACACACACACACACACACACACACACACACACACACACACAGGGAUCAGCCAUUACACUUCAGCUCACACUCACCACAAACACCUUCAUGAACUCACAUCUACAUUAAACACACACCAUAUGAGAUGUGGGACGCAGGUCUUGGUCCAAAACCCAGAGUCUGGUUUAUCUCUGACCCGCUGGUCCACAUCAGACUCUUCUCCAUCAUAGAACCACGUCUCAAACUCUGUUGUUUUCAGUGUUUGUCGUGUGACUGAUGUGGAAUGGAUCAGUGUGAGGACAGAGGUGAGGGAGCCCCUCCCCCAAAGACCACUGACAGGACCCCCCCAGGACCUGGACCGGACAGACCCCCUAAAGCUCAGAGGAUCCAUCAGAGACCACAGUCCUCUGGACCUGAUCCUGGACCCAGUGGUGUGUCCUUCAGGAGUGACCAGUCCAUAUUUUUACCACCAGUCUUUUCCACAGAGACAGUGGAGCAGCAGAGCUCAGAGGUUCCCACUGGUCUACAGGAUCAGACUCAGCUGGACUCCAUAUUUAAGCUGCUGGAGGAGAACAUCUGCACUUUUGUCAAGAAUGAACUGAAGAAGUUCCACCAGGUUCUGAGUACGGACUACCCAGAAUGCUUAGAGAGUCUGAGUGAUGAGGAUGAAGAGCAGAGGAGGAGCUCAGAGGCUUUUCUGAAGAUCACGCUGAACUUCCUGAGGAGGCUGAAGCAGGAGGAGCUGGCUGAGCGUCUGCACCGCAGUAAGACCAUUCUGGACAGAUUAGGGAUGUCACCAUACAAAGAAUUCAGUAGUCGAUACUGAUAAAAACUAAAAUUAUAAUAUUCUCAAUACCAAAUCAAUACCACAAUUAAAAAAACAAAAAAAAACAAAAAAAAAACAACAGAAUCAUCAGAACCCAUAAACUUAAACAGACCUCCUUUCAGUAUUUCCAUCUAAAUGAAUCUUGCUGUUUCCUCUAACUCUCUAAUCUGUUCCACUGUCAGUCACAGUUUACUGCUUUGAAUGCACAUACCUGAUUGGCUGAGUGGGAUCAUGUGGGAUGGUUCUACAUCCAUGUCAUUGGUCUGUGUGUUUCCUCAUCUACUCCACCUUCAGCUGCUCUGGUUCAAAUAGAAACACUCCACCACCGGCUGGAGGUUCGGGUCCGUAUGGGACGGCUUCUGGGUCCAGACCAGGACCACAGUCCCCCUGUUAGUGACUGCUGGUCUAGUUUCAACAUUUGGUCUGGGCGGUGGUCCGAACAGGCCUGGCUGUAAAAACUGUGUGGGACCAUCGGACCAGUACCUAUGUGUAGCCCUGAUGAGAUCACAUGUCAGAUGUUUAAUGUUGAAGAACA